AACGAUCGAAAAGCUUGGUCAGUUGUAGCGCCGACUCGGUUGGAAGUUGUGUAGUUUAAAGGCACACCACUGUACAAAAUAGACGCACGUUUUUUCGUAUUAAGUAACGUAGAAUCAGUAACAAUUUUGCGUAGAAAUAACGCGAGAAAAUUCAUAUCACAAUGCCGCGCCAAUCAACAUAUUGGGGAAAAUUUGUAUUCGUAUAUAUUUUACAUUUAUUUUCAUAUGCAACUUCCUCCUCUUCGAUGCAGAUGCAGGCCCCGGUGCAGGUGCGACUGAUAGCGCCGCGCUUUGUAACGUACAACGGUACGGCCACUAUGCACUGCAAUCAUAGCGUACCCGACGAGUUCUUGCAUAAAGUCGAGUUCAUGAAGGAUGACAAGAGGAUAUUACAAUACAUAAAGGACAGAAAACCGCCGUUUCACAGGGGCGAGGUAGAAGGAGCAAGCAUGGAGCAUUUCGAAAAUGGCACGACAAUCAAAUUAAAGAACUUACGUUUCGAGGCGUCCGGCUCGUAUCAUUGUCUGGUUACGAUGACGACUCCUAUUUAUACCGAACACUCGGAAAGCGUUCCAAUGAAAGUUAUAGUACCACAGACUGAAAACCCGAAAAUUACGUUCAAGAAAAACUCGUACGUCGUAGGUGAAAGUUUAGAGGCGAAUUGCACUUCCUCGGCUGCACAUCCAGUUCCUCAUUUGACUUGGUAUAUAAACGGGAAGGAGGUGGAUAUCAGUCUGGUAAAUCACUAUCCUCACACACAUCACAAAAACCAACUGAUGUCCGCUACUGCGAAGCUGGUGAUAGAGGUUUCCGCGUUACACACAGGAACAAACGGUAAUUUGGAAAUAAGUUGUCACUCGACCAUCCCAGAUUACGCAGUGCAGUAUGCCGAUAUAAAGAAGGAAUCGGUCACGGUGAAAAUUAUGUCGAUGGUCGAAUCCUCAGCACCAAAUAUCGCGUGGGGAUGGCCCCUAGCUACGUUACUGUGCAUACUCUGCGCGAUGCACAAGAUCAUUCCUUAAUAAAAGUCAAUUGCUAUAGGAUAAUUAAACGAAAGAAAAAAAAAAAAGAAACUAAAGAAAGAAGAAAAAUACAGGAAAAAAAAGAAAAAAAAAAAAGAUGUGUAAUAUACGUAAACGAGGAGAAGAAUAAAUACAAGUGGAAAAAAAAAAGGGAGAACUUGUGGGAAGGGGGGAAUAUAUAUAUAUUAUAUACAUACAUAUAUAUAUAUAAACAUAUAUAUAUAUAUAUAUUAAUGAACGAACAAUCACAAUGUCUUCCUUGAUUAUACCGAAAUACACGGGGGCAGCGAUUUUAUUGUCUUGCAGAAAUUUUAUAAACUCAUAUAGACGCGGCUUCUUCGUGCAACUAUUUUCGAUUGUCGCUUGUAUCGAUCGUUAUCUAUUUCGCGAAAAAUAUUGUCGAAUCCGGAGGGAGUAUUCCGUUCGUUUUUCUGGUCAUUUCGACCAGCACAAGUUUGGAAGAAUAUGACCAUCGAAACGACGAUAGAAGAAAAAAAGUAAAACAAAAAAGAAAAAAAAUAAAUAAAAAAAGAGAGAAAAGAUAUCGUAGUAAAUAGUAAUUCGCCGGUUAACAGUGAUUUUUUUCUAAAAAGGAAAAUACAAAAAAAAAAAAAA